AUGGAGACUCACCCUCCAACUGCAUGGCCUGUUGAAAGACUGGAGGAGUCUUUCGGACAAAAUGAUGGCAGGGCUCUCCCGUCUGCUGCGACAACUACGGCUGACCCCGUCUUAUCAACGAUCUCGCUCAACGCCCCCACAGUAUCACUGCAUGGAAGUUCUUCGACAUUGAUGAAAUACCAGGACUCUGAAUCUGGCAUUCCAACGGCCAGCUCUUCAGAUAAUAUGUCAAAGUCUGCUUUGUCUUCUUCUGUUUCAAUGAGUACUCCAUCGGCAAAUGACCACAAUGAUGCAGAAGUGGUCCAGUCUAACGGAUCCGAUGGUUACAAUAUGUACCUUCCUGUUGGGGUCAUAUGGAGGAAUUUAGAUCCUGAAGUGCAAUACCCAGAAGUCGAAAUUGCAUUGUUAGAAACCCAUCGCUGGGUCCGAACGGAGGCACCAAGUGGCGGCAAUAAUGUUCGGGUGUAUGUUGACCACAGCGUGACCAGCCGCAGCAACACUCAGCGUUCGAUAACGAAGUUGCGGACAGCUUUAAAAGCUGUGAUGGCCAAAAUUGACAAUUCUCCUCAUGCAUGGUACGGCUAUUGUGUCGAUAACCCCCUGGAUAGCAGCAAGCCAAACAGGGCCGAAGAUGAGUCCCUGUGGUACAUCUUCAACACUUUGCAGGACCCAUGUCCUCAAGUGGAAAAGAUGAAUGAUUUUUGGUCAAGACUAGCAAUGGAGGAAUUGCUCUCCGAAGAGCACUUUGCCGACUUGCGUCUUAAGACCAAAUUGUACCCAUAUCAGCGGCGCUCGGCUGCCACCAUGAUUCAGCGAGAGGCGCAACCAGAGCGGAUGCUAGAUCCACGGUUACUAGCGUGCAAAGGUCCGACGGGACGUGAGUAUUACUACGACAAAGAGGACGCAUACAUUACACUGGACAAAGUGCUUUACUCCGAGGCAUGUGGUGGUAUCCUUGCAGAGACCAUGGGCUGUGGGAAAACCCUUAUCUGUCUUGCGGUCAUAUGUGCCACCCUGGGUCAUGCUCCCAAGAUCCCAAUUGAGUACAUUUCGACCUCGGAAAAGGGAGAUCUGGUUCCGAUAAGAGAGAAAACCGGAUCUCUUCUGAAUAUGGCAGCCGCUGCUGCAGAACGACACUCGCAGCCGUGGAGGACCUUCUUUCGGAAGCUUCGUCAACAUGAGAACCGGCACUAUGAGCGGUGCCUGAGGGCAUGUGAAGCUCACCGAGGGUCGUACGAAAUUCCUCCGCAUCAGACCAGAUAUCAAGGAAGACACAGCCAGUCAUACGCUAGGCCUCCAGCUAAACGCGUCCGUCUCUGCUCCGGAACUAUUGUCAUUGUCCCAAACAACUUGCUAGAUCACUGGCAACGCGAGAUCAAGACACAUACUGAAGGGUUAAACGUCUUGGUCAUGGGGCAAGGAUCAGGUCAGACUCCGCUAGCGGAUGAGCUGCUACGUUACGAUAUAAUCCUGUUUGCCAAGACACGGUUCGAGCGUGAAGCUGGCGAGCCGGUCAAUAAUCGGCGCGAUAGAUUCGUGCAGGUUAAAUCGCCAUUGACGGAACUUCACUGGCUGCGAGUUAUUGUCGAUGAAGGUCACAACGUUGCUGGUCAUGGCUCAAAAACAAAUAUGAUUCACUUGCUCAGCCAGCUGCAUUUCGAGCGUCGGUGGGUCAUUUCUGGAACGCCGUCAACGGGACUUUACGGUGUUGAGGUCAGUCUCGCAUUAAGAGAAGCAAAUACUAGUGAUACCGAGUCUCCCACGGAGAACACUGCUGCUGCUCUGCGAAGUCGAAAGAAGACGGGCAAUGCGGUGGAGAAUGAGUUGAAGGAUCUAGACAAGCUGCGCCGAAUCGUGAUUGAUUUUCUGGAUUUAAAGCCGUGGUCAAAUUCCCGUGCGGAUGACGCUGCAGAUUGGACCAAAUACAUCAAGCCAAUCGGGGAAGAUGGUCAGCGUCGUAAGACUCCGGCAAUUCGAGCAACUUUGCAAGGGCUGGUGGUGCGACACCAAUUGGAUGUUGUCAACAGGGAGAUUUACAUUCCAAAGCUGCACAAUACAGUCGUCUAUCUUCCACCGACUUUCCACGACAGUCUCUCCAUCAAUCUGUUCCUUUUCGGUCUCGCGGUCAAUUCAAUUACUUCCGAACGCCAGGGGCCCGAUUACAUGUUCGCUCCAAGUAAUCGGAAGCAUCUAAACCAGACCAUCAAUAACUUGCGACAAGCAGGGUUUUGGUGGGCUGGCUCCGAUGUCAACCCACAAGAUUCUAUUGACCAUGCUAUGAAAUACAUGGAGAAGAAUCGUGAGAAGAUGACAGUCGAAGACGUUGAAACCCUGACCCGCGGAAUAGAGAUCGCGCGCAUAGCGAUAAACUCUAGCAGCUGGCGCGAGUUCAAACAUCUCCAUGAACUUGGUGUUUUCCUCCGGGACUUCCCUGAAGACCAUCGUGCACACUGGGCGCUCGAUCAAAGUAGUUCAGACAAAGAGCCUAUGCUCAUCGGCAUUACGCAAGCUUGCCGAGCCCAGCAAUAUGUGACGCAGCAUCUCAAAGCUUCUGAUCCUACGCAAGGUCUGGCCGGUGCUGGCAUCAAAACUCGCCACGAACUUGAGCGUCGCGACCAACGAAACCCUCCAAAAGGCGCACCAGAAUCAGCAACUCCUACUACUCCAGGCUCGUUAUACCAUUCAACAAAGCCACAGACCAACAAGUCACCAAAGAAGACAUUCACGCGCAACCUCUUCCGCACGCUCCCAACAACUUCCCCUCUCCAGAAAACUCGAUUCGUCGCUACCGCCUCGGCCAAACUGACCUACCUACUCAAUAAAGUACUUGAGUUCCAGUCCACCGAGAAAAUAAUCAUCUUUUACGACAACAACAACUCCGCCUUCUGGAUCGCUGAAGGUCUGGAACUUCUCGGUGUCGAAUUUCGCAUCUAUGCCAGCACCCUGAAACCCGAGUUGCGAACGGAGUACCUCAAGCUUUUCCGCGAGGCCGAUGACGUACGGGUCCUGCUCAUGGAUCUUCGACAAGCCUCGCACGGGUUACACAUUGCCCAAGCGUCGCGAAUCUUCAUCGUCAAUCCAAUCUGGCAACCAAACGUCGAAAGUCAGGCGAUCAAGCGUGCGCAUCGCAUUGGCCAGACUAGACCGGUGUACGUGGAGACCCUGGUCUUAAAGGACACGUUAGAGGACCGCAUGUUGAAGCGGCGAAAGGAAAUGUCCGAAGCAGAAAUACAGCAUGCGGAGAAGAGUCUUCUAGAUGAUGGAACUAUGAGUGGAAUUGUGCAAAGGGAGCCAUUUUUGGACAUGUACUCGGAAGAAGAUACGGCUGCCGCAUACUUGGAGAACCCGACGGGAUUCUUUGAUCGGCAUCGGCUGCCAAUACCUGAUGGUGAGGAUGUAGUCAUGGCUAGUCCGACGAAGGACAAGGGCAAGCGUGUCUCUCGUGGGAAAGAGUCUGAUGCGGAUGAUGAUACGGCAGUGGAAGAGCAUGCAAUGCCCAUGCGCAAGAAACCGCGUGUUGGCUUUGCUUCUGGAGUCGGGGGUUCAGGCGGAGACAACGAAAAUGUACCUCAGAGCGAGGUGAGAACAGAGCGUUCUCUUUUCGGCGAACCAAGCUCUACCUCGAAUACCGCCGGCACACCCGCUCCCAAAAAGGCACGCAUUGGCUUCGCUGCCAAUCUGGACGUCUUUGACGAUGACGAGAGCUCAGAGCCAAGUACCCCUUCAGCUAUAUCAAGCUCUCAGCCACAAUUGACCUACAAUGAAGAAGACCUGCGACAGUUGCAGGUCUCGCUGUUUGACUGA